GCGGUGAAAAAAAGUUUCUGUAAUGCUUUAACACAUUUUUUUGUAAGUGUAAAUGUGAGUUGGUAGCCUAGUAUAACCCAUAGUAUUCUGCUCCCCACAACACACCGUUCAGAGUCUGCAAUGUCAUGUUGGUUCAGUUUUGUUUUUCAACCAAAUGGACAAACUAGUGUUGUGAGCAAUUACACCCAGUCUGCUAAAAAAAAAACACACAAAAACAAAAAAAUAAACAAGUAUCACUCCAAUGCAAUGGUACUUGCAUGAAAAAAGCAUGGUUGAUUAGUGUGGUCAUGUCUUUGAGUUAAUCCCAGUGCAGCCUACACUCCUAACCUGAUUCAAGAACCAUGAUUUCUAUAUGGAACCAUUUCAUACCUAAACAGAACUUCGCAAUGCAAUGUGCGAUGGUUCUUGGGAUUUCUAGGGGUGUUGUUUAUGGUUCUAUAUAGCACCAAAAAGGGAUCUUCUGUUGAUACGAGCUUGACAUUAGAAAACAAUAGGACUCUUUCUGGUGCUAUAUAGUAUAAUUUACAGAAAGGUUGUGUGUAGAACCACAUACAACACGUUCUCCAUCAACCUGAAGAACCAUUUACGCAUGCGGAUAGUCACUUGAGCCUUCAUGGUUCUCUAUGUCUUUUACUAAAGAACCAUCCUUUUUUAAGAGUAAGAGCUGGGGAUGAUUCUGAAUCAAUACACAGGUGUUUACAUGCUGGUCUCAGAGGAGUUCCCUGUUAGUGCAAAGCCCUGAGAGGACUGAAUGAUUUCUACAAGCACUCCAGCAAGUCGUGUUGGGGCAAAUCUGUCCUCAACCAGCGGAAAGAUCCAAAAAGGUAAAUAUUAGCCAGACAAAUGGCCUAUAUUAGACUAUAGCUGCCCUGCUGGGCCGUCGUGAGGGGCUGAGGGAUUAACAUUUUUGAGUGUGUACGUUUCAUAAAGGAGGCCGGACGACAGUAAUAAAACAUGGCUUCUCCCUUUCUCUGGUUUGGACCCACUUUCUCAUGUCCUGCUCACUAAACGGUCAGAAACGGCUAUAAACACCACCAGGCCCGGCUGGACUGGACAGAAAGACAGACUUGAUAGGAAAUCUCGCCUCGAAUAAAUCAGUUUUCCCGAGCUAACGACCACAGACGGGAGCGAGUCGUCGUCAGGGCCGUCGUGUAGCCCUGGCUGGUUCCGCCUGUGGACGCACUGGGCUACGGUAACUAGUAACGUUAGCGUGGCCUAGUUUGGUAGUUAGAGCCGCCAUUAGCGACAAAUGAGCUAGAAAGAUGGACAGAAGUGACUAAAAUAAGCAUUUUUUUUCUCCCCCCACAAAUAUCUGGUCGUUGUGACCGUUGGCAGACACCAGUCGCGCGAAGGCAGCAGCGGCGGUGUAAAAUGGAGGAAGUUAGCUACGCCUUUGUUCAGGACGAGGAAACAAAUGGCCGAUUGGGGCUUCGAAAAGACGCCUCGUCUUUCGCGUUUCACGCCCCAAAUGCACAUUAAUGUCGCUUUUGUGUGUGGGGGGGGCGAAUGAAUUAAUGCUGUUUUCUGGCGACGAGGCGACAGUGAGAGAAGGGAAGGAUGAGUGCCGAGGCCCGGCCUAAGCACAGAUCUCCCGCUGGCCUUUCACAAAUCGACAAAAAAGUGGCUCGACGUGUCCAAAUCUGAGAGGAUGGCCGACGGGUUUGUCCGUAAAUGGACGGAGCCAUGACAACAUGAAUCAGUCGUACAAAGUGGCUGCCAGGGAUGGCCCGGGGUGUCUUCCUGACCCGCAGGAUCAGCAGGCCCACGAUAGCCGCAUCGCUACCUGCGGGCUCUUCCACAGCAGUGCGAAGCGGCAGCCGGACCAGUCGUCUUCCGUGCGGUUGCAGAACUCCGUCUACAAACCCUCGCCGCUGUUCUACCCUCAGAGAGAGUCCACGUCCAGCUACAGCCCUCUCCGGAGGCUCCAGGACCUGACCAGCAUGGUCAACAGGCCGGAUUUGAGCCUGCAGGACAAGGACUUCCAUGGGCGCAGCAAAGCACAUGUGGGCUCCGACUUUGGCCUGGGUUUGGUCCGCUCGCCUUUGUCCCACAGCCACGGCGCAGAUGAGGGUCCGUAUCGGAGCGUCCAGGACCUGGACAAAAAUGGCUUCUCCCCUGUGAGCUCCGACAGCCUGGAACACUUCUCACCCAUUCCCAACGGAUUCCUGCAUUUCGAAUCAAGUCUGUUUGACAGCGGGGACAGCAAGGAUGAUCGAGAGGAUGAAGAUGAUGACGAGGAGGAGGAGGAGGAGGACAUGGCGUCGUUCAAAUCCUCAUCAAAGAAAUGCCUGAAAAGGGACUUCAUGAAUGCGAAAAGCUCUUGUGGUUCAGGGCUUGACCUGAGCUCCAACUCCAACAGACACGAACCCUUUAACCCAGUACAUAGAAAUACGCCACGGCCAGAACCCCCAGCCAGCCCCCCUCCGCUGCCCGUCGAGGUCAUGCUGGAGGAUUUUGACAGUAUGGAUGACUACUCGGACAGUGAUUGUGACCUGCCCAGCACUGAAAACUGCGCAUCACUGUUCAGCACCGGUCUGUCUCAAAGGCCAAGCUCACCUAGCGGCACUCUCUCAAAUCCUUCUAACAGCCCAAAGAAGAAGCCUCUCCCGGGAGUGAAGUAUGCAGUAGGUGAUGUCGUAUGGGCGAAGUUUAACCGUAGGCCCUGGUGGCCUUGCCGGGUGUCUAUAGAGCCACUGAGUGAGAGCCACACCAGGAUGAAAGAGCCAAGUCGCAGGCCGUGCCGUCUGUAUUUCGUCAGGACAUUUGGGGACAUUGUGGACCAAGCAUGGGUUUCUGGAAAAGCCACUUAUCCUUUUGAAGGAGGUCAUCAGUUUGAGAAACUCCCUGUGCUCAGACGACGAGGCAGACAGAGAGACAAGGGCUACAAAUACACAGUUCCAAAGCGCUUGAUGCCACAGUGGAAAGCUGGUGUCCAGGAGGCAGAGGCAGCUCUGCCAGAGCCUCUCAGCAGUAAGCUACUACCUGCCUCUGUCAGGGAUGUACGCACCACUGUUACAGAGGAGAAGACGCACACCCCGUUAACCUGCUCUGCUAUACGUCCUAUGCUCUCACCCAGUCCGGUUUUUGCCAAUGGACACGACCUCCAUGUCCCUAGCCCAACCAAAGCCAGCAAAGAGGCAAGCAAAAAGAAAUUGGCAGCUAAGAAGAAAAACAACUCGCUGUUGAAAAGUCCCUUGAAAAUGAAAGAUGGGUUGUUCUCUAGGCUGAUGUCCAGCCCCACGGCAGACAUUCACAAACCACCCGCAAACGAUUUGGAAUCAGAUGCCAGGGAUUGUCCAUACCUGGACAUUGAUUCAGUUCCAAGGAUACUGUGUCCAAAACGCUCGGAGGAGCAACCCGAAGCAGGGUUGGAGAAAGAGCCCAGCCCUGAGCCGAAGGUAGAGCGUGCAAGAAAAAGACAAAAAAAAGUCCAGAAGAUUGCGAAAGGAAAUGCAUCUGCCUUAAAACGCACACCGAGCAACAAGGCUCUGCUUGAGCACAAGGCUUCAAACGGCAAACACUUGGGAAGCACUUCCCCAAGCUUGUCGGAUGGGACGUUUGAGAUGCAUUCUUUCUACUUGCCAGCAAGUUGUGGGCUCAUGUCCAGGGCCCUUGCUGCGUGUGACGACCCUGAUGACAAAGAUGGUCACAAUUCCAGCCAUGAAUCUCCAUCUCCGCCCUCUGCAACUGACCACGAUUCAUUUUCUCCAAUCACAGACGUGCCUGAGAGCACAGAGCAGCAUUGGCAGGUGAAAACGGAGGCUUUAGAGGACCCUACGCACCCAGCCCUUUCUGAUCACCGUGGGGGCUCCCCAAACCCCACCCUCCUGAAGCUGACUAGAGUUCAGUCCAAAAAGAAGCGCACCCAGAACGGAUCUCAUCUGAAGGCUAAAGAGCCCAAGGCUGAACCUUCAGAUUCUCUCAUCAGCUUGGUUAAAACAGAGAAAGAAGCAGCCAUUUCCUGCUCCUCUUCUUCCUCCUGUGCCCCCUCUCCAUCCCCCUCGCCCAUUGAAGCUUCAUUCAGGGAUGCCCAAGAGCUGUCGUUCAAGUCCCUGGUGAAGGAGGAGUGUGUUCCGGACGAGCCCCCGCUGCGCGCUGACUCCAACUACAAGUUCAGCACUUUCCUCAUGCUGCUGAAGGACCUGCACGACAGCCGAGAGAAAGAGGGAAGGCCGUUGACCCUUCCGCCAACCUCGCCUUCCGCGCUCAUCAAGCAGGAGCCCUCACUGAUCCCCACACUGCUCUCUGACUCCUCCACGACUCCAGAUGACGGCGUUCUCGAGAAGGACCAGGUUACUGUCCCGAUUCAGAACGGACCACAUGUGAAGGCUCCUGGCAGCAGCUCAAAGCAGAGCAAAUCCAAAAGUAAGGCUACAGGGAAAAAGGAGGCUCAGAAGCGUGAUGAUGCGAGCAAUGUGCUUUGUCAGGUUUCAAACUCCUGCAAGCCACUUAAGAACCAGAACUCAUCUGAAGCACUUGAAGCAAAAGCGACUGUACCAGAGGAGCUUUUGAACUGCCACUCCGAGCCGGUCCCUGAGGCUGGUGGUAGGUGCACCAUCUCCACUGUGGCCCCAAAGAAGCGCUGGCAGACGUUUGAGGCCGAAGUUGGAGAGAGUGCCAAGCCAAAGAGCAGUGAGGGCAGCGUGCUUGAACAGGACGCAACCAAGCUCCUGUCCAGGCUCAAUGGAGUGUUUGAGGAGACCCUCCAAAGCCCUCAGUCCACUUCUGCAGAGAAGAAAGAGGGCUCUGUAUCAGAGAACAAAAGGCUUCGGAAACCAAGUAAGCGGCUGAUCGAGUGCGGUGAGGGGUAUGAGCAGAUUUUUACUCCAAAGAAGAAAACGAAGAAAACCACCGAGUGCUCUAAAACGGGGGCUUGGAUUAAUAACACUAAUUUUGGCCAGCAGCCUUCAGAACCUCAGACGGCUGACUGCGUAAGCUCAGCUGCAGGUCAGCUGUUAGAGGCUUCAGUAACAGAACCUUCACAGCAUCAACAGCAGCCAACUCCAGAUGAGCCUGAUAACAUCCCUGCUUUACUGCCCUUAUCAACACCUGACAAAGCUCCCGCACAAGAAGCAGAAUUGCCUGACAAGAAAGCUGAACUUAAUCUUAUAGCAUCCUCAGAAAGAAAAAGACCAAGGAAGUCCACCCAUAAAGUAAUGGAGUGUGCCGUCGAGGAGGAACAUACCAGGACCCAGAGGAAGAAGGAGUCUAAGCAACAGGGUAAUUGGACAGAGCAAUCAGAUGUCAAAGAUUUUCAGAAAAAUGAAGUGCCUGGAACCACUCUGUCCAGCCCACCUUCCAUGUCAGGUAUCAAACCUGGACCAGGUGAUGCACAGACACCCUCCUCGAAUCCCCCUGUAACUCCCAGCGUCCUCCGGAGUCGUGAAACUAGACACACCCGCAGUCCAGCUGAGCCCAAAACAGCAGAGCAGAACCAGCCCGAAACGCCGGGGCCUGUAACAGAGGCGACACUGAAUGAGGGGCUUCUCUCCGCCAGGGAUUCUUUCGCUGCUGAUGUAGGUCUGUCUUACGGCAGGAAACUGUCAGAGAAAAGCGGAGCUGCAUCACUGAAAGAGAAUGUUUGUCAGGUAUGUGAAAAGACAGGUGAGCUACUCUUGUGUGAGGGGCAGUGCUGUGGAGCCUUUCAUCUACAGUGUAUCGGCCUCAGCACGAUGCCCAAAGGGCGCUUCAUCUGCCAGGAGUGCGCUACAGGUGUGCACACGUGUUUUGUGUGCAAGAAGCCCGACGAGGACGUCAGGCGGUGUAUGAUUCCGGUGUGCGGGAAGUUUUACCACGCGGAGUGCAUUCUGAAAUACACCCCCACCGUCCCACAGAACCGAGGCUUCCGCUGCGCUCUCCACGUCUGCCUGGCCUGCUACAUCACCAACCCCAACAACCCAUCCAUCUCCAAGGGUCGUCUGACCCGCUGUGUGCGCUGUCCGGUGGCCUACCACGCUAAUGACUACUGCAUGGCUGCUGGCAGUGUCCCGCUGGCCAACAACAGCUUUCUUUGUCCGAACCACUUCACUCCCCGCAAAGGCUGCAAAAACCACGAGCACAUCAACGUCAGCUGGUGCUUUGUCUGCUCUGAAGGGGGCAGUCUGCUGUGCUGCGAGUCCUGCCCUGCUGCUUUCCAUCGCGAGUGUCUGAACAUCGACAUGCCUCAGGGCAGCUGGUACUGCAAUGACUGUCGAGCAGGCAAGAAACCCCAUUAUAAGGACAUCCUGUGGGUGAAAGUAGGCCGCUACAGGUGGUGGCCUGCUGAGGUCAGCCUACCUAAAAACGUUCCUGAGAAUAUCAUCCGCAUGAGGCAUGAGGUGGGCGAGUUCCCUGUGCACUUCUUCGGCUCCAAAGACUACUUGUGGACCUACCAGGCCCGCUGCUUCCCCUACAUGGAGGGCGACGCCAACAACAAGGAGAAAAUGGGGAGGGGCACAGACGCCGUUUACAAGAAAGCUUUAAAUGAAGCAGCUGAGCGGUUCAGAGAGCUGCAGGCUGAGAAGGAGAUGAGGCAGCUUCAGGAGGACCGGAAAAAUGACAAAAAGCCGCCGCCGUACAGGCACAUUAAGGUAAACCGACCAAUAGGGAAGGUGCAGAUUUUGACAGCGGACCUGUCCGAGAUCCCGCGCUGUAACUGCAAGGCCUCGGACGAGAACCCGUGCGGCAUUGAUUCCGAGUGCAUCAACCGAAUGCUGAUGUACGAGUGCAACCCGCAGGUGUGCGCGGCUGGAGAACGCUGUCAGAACCAGUGUUUCACCAAACGCCAGUACAGCCCAGUGGAGAUCUUCCGCACGCUAUCUCGUGGUUGGGGGCUACGCACCAUCUCCGAAAUCAAGAAGGGUGCCUUUGUGAGCGAGUAUGUGGGUGAGGUCAUCGAUGAGGAGGAGUGUCGUGCCAGGAUCAAACACGCACAGGAGAACGACAUCAGCAACUUCUAUAUGCUCACACUAGACAAGGACCGCAUCAUUGAUGCAGGGCCAAAGGGGAACCAGGCGCGCUUCAUGAACCACUGCUGCCAGCCGAACUGCGAGACGCAGAAGUGGACGGUGAACGGGGACACGCGAGUGGGGCUGUUCGCUCUGGAGGAUGUUGGUGCAGGCGUUGAGCUCACCUUCAACUAUAACCUGGAGUGCCUGGGCAACGGCAAGACGGUCUGUAAAUGUGGGGCACCAAACUGCAGCGGCUUCCUCGGAGUGCGACCUAAGAACCAGCCACCGUCGGAAGACAAGGGCCGCAAGCUGAGGAGGAAGGUUACUGGGAAGCGGAAGAGUCAGCUGGAGGUGGUUAAGGAGCGAGAGGACGAGUGUUUUUAUUGCGGCGACGGGGGCCAAAUCAUUUCCUGCAAAAAGCCUGGCUGUCCCAAAGUGUACCACGCAGACUGUCUGAACCUGGCCAGGAGGCCUGCAGGACGCUGGGAGUGCCCGUGGCAUCAGUGUAACGAGUGUGGACGUGAGGCGGCCUCUUUCUGUGAAAUGUGCCCCAGCUCUUACUGCAAGCAGCACCGCGACGGCAUGCUCUUCAUUUCCAAGCUGGACGGCAAGCUGUCCUGCAGCGAGCAUGACCCGUGCGGGCCUGACCCACUGGAGCCAGGCGAGAUCCGCGAGUACGUUCCCGGGACUCCCAUUCUGCAACCCCCGCCCAAUCUAGGAGGCCCUGGACUUUCUGCUGCCAGAUUACCUCAGGCUGUCGUGGCAACAGCCGCUCAUCUUUACAUCCCUGCCCCCAGUAGACCUGGCUACGGCAGCCAGCGAGGGGCAUUCAAGGAUGAAGUUGUGAUGGACCGCACAAUGAUCCCCGCUGCCUCUUCUUGCUGUAAACAGGCGAAAGAAGAUGUAGGGCCGGAAGAAGGAGAGGUGGUAGACGGAGUGAUUGGGGAUGAGGGUGAGGAUGAGGAACUGGAGGUAAUAGGUGAUGAGGAUGAGGAUGAGGAGGAUGAUGAGGAUGAGGAUGAUGAUGAUGAUGAGGAGGAGGAUGAUGGGGACUACGGAGGCUUGGGGUUUGAGGACGAGGAAGACGAAGAGGGUUUUGAAGACUGGGGUGACGAGUGUGUGGACGAAGACUUUGGAGAGGUGGAAAUGGAGCCAGAGGCGUCUUAGGAGGAGGUGAAAUCUCUUCCUUUCUCAAAUCCAUCCAUCAAUCGCAAGCUCUUUCUGACUAGGCAGCCUCCUCAGCCGGCCACAGCCGGCAGGGGGGCGCUAGAGAGCAGCGAGAGAGAAGCAGGAACAGUACUGGAGGCCAUAUUCACAAAGAACCUUGUGAGAGUGCUGUUUCUGGGUCAGUCAUGCUUUUGUAGCGUAUAGUAACAAAAGCAGGGAAAACUGAUCAGCACUGAUACCUGGAGACGCUUAGUGAAUACAGGCCCUGGAGAUUGUCUAGUUAGUUCUCACCUGAAUGCAGAGUGACUCUCUUGAAUCUAACGGACAUGUGCAACAUGCUGAGGUUGAUUAUGGGGAUCAGCUUGCCUUCUCUAUUCAAGUCCUCUUUAACAGCUCCAUAAAGGGGACUGGAAGUGGUGCUGUGGGCCUUUGGCUGAGUUCUUCAGCCAGAAGUCCAGUAGUGGGUGUAAAGUUACUGUCUGGUGCUCUUUUGUGUUGGUUUUUGUUUUGUUUUUCCACCAACUGUUUACAUUUUUCAAAACAUGAACACAGCAGGUGACAUCCAGCGCACUGGGGGGCAGGAACACUUAACGCAGUGUCUUAAGAAAUAAUACUCUUAUGAUCGCUGUGAUGCACUUCCGGACAUGCUUUUGUCCAGCUGGUAGGUCACCCCUUUUAAAAACAGACAAAACAGAUGAUUAUGAACACAGUAAACUGCAGUGGAAGCCCUAAACACUUGUGAUGAGUAGAAGAUGACAUCUUGUCUUUAAGGACAGCAGUAACAGUGUCUCUAGUUGCCCAGUGUUUACAGAAAUGGCCUCAUACCAUCAUCCAAAAACUCGCAAAUGACUGACCAGUCAUCAUGAGUUGCCCAUGCACAUGUCCUCUGUACCUGUUCCAUGUUCAGGAUACAUGCAAGUGCUAAUAGAGUUUAUGGCAUGAUUGGUUUUUGUUCAAAUCAUGUUCUCAUUUCGGGAUUUAGGAUUAGGGUAAAAAUUACGGUAAACCCUACUUUACCGUAGGGUACUGCUCAUAAAGCUACAUGAUGCCUACAUAAACUUGUCAAGACAACUGACAAAACCCUACAUUAAUGUUUAUGAAUGCUUGUUCCAGUCAUUAGGCGUCAUCUGUUGCUAAAUUUGAUCAAAAUUGGCACAAGUAAUCAUUUCAGCGAGUGACGCCAAUUGGAAUAAGCAUUUAUAAACAUCUGUGUAGGGUUAUAUCAAGCUUAUGUAGGUGUCGCAUAGCCUUAUGAACAGUACCUUACAGUAAAGUGUUACCGGGUUCAUUACCACCAGAACUGGCCACACAAUUUUGAUAAAUGAUGAAUGAGCAAAGAAAACGGCAGCUGUUCCAGGCUGCAUUCGUAAAAAUAAUAAUAAAUAUAAAUUGACAUGGUCAGUUAUGUGACGGCUUCAGGAUGACUCUGCGAUACUACAGGGAAACGUUCAGUUCCUGAGAGCUUUGACAUUCCAGGCAUUGAAUAACUUGAUCAUUUGAGAGUGUCCCGUUUCUCUCAUCGCUUGAGUCAUUUCCCAUGAACUCUUUUAAGGUGUGCUUCAGGACUAGUGAAAGCAGCUCAGCUCAGUCCAUUUUACAGCUGAAUCUUCUGUGACGACACUGCCCCCCUACUCAUCGUGUCUUACUUUAGUGUUUCUUCACUUCGCAAAAUAAGUCAACAUUCAUUCAUCCGAUACCCUGCAGUGAAGCCAAUUAAAGCACCCUACUGCUUCCUCCUUUGCAGGAUAUAUUGAAUUAUGUCUGCACAGUAGCAGAACAUAUACAGUCAACCUGCUGCUAGUUUUCAAAUAUCGGCGAUUUGUCCACGUCAUACCGGUAGUUCAGAAGUUGCCUCUAAAAAUGUUCUCGCACUUUUUCAGGUUUUUACAGGAACCGCGAUACAGAAGCUGAGUAGUUCUCACGCUGGGGCUUUUGCUUUGUUUGUCUCCACAUUUAAACAAUCAAGCACCAUCUUAACCUUUUAAUCAGACUCUGUGACUUUGUUCAGUUCGGUUUCUGAUGUUCAAUCCACAAAGUAGUCUGGCAUAGUUAAGAAUAGAGAAGUUACGGUGGCUGCGUCUGGCUAGUUUGCCUGAUCUGGUAGCCUUUGGAUUCGCUUACGAAUCAGCUCUGCCAGUAUAUUUUAUAUGAAAUAUAUUAUGUUUGAUUUAGCUGUUUGGACACAGCCAGUGUGGAGAUCUCUCCCUGGUCCAUGUUCUGGAUACAAGUGAGUGCUAACAGAGCUUAGGGCUUGAUUGUUUUUCCAAAGUCAUGUUCUCAUUUCAGGAUUACUUUACAGAAGUCAAGUAAGACACUUUAGGGUACUGUUCUUAGAGCUACAUGAUGCCUACAUAAGCUUGUUUUGACAGCUGACAGAACCCUACAUAAAUGUUUAUGAAUGCUUAUUCCAAUAAGUGUCGUGUUAUAAAGGCUGCAUUUGCUAACUAUGAUCAAGAUCUGCAGAUGUAACCAUUAUAGCGAGUGACGCCGAACAAGCAUUUAUAAACACUUUAUGUAGGGUUAUAUCAGGCUUAUGUAGGUGUCAUAUAGCUCUAAGAACCAUACCCUUCUCUAAAGUGUUACCAGGUGCAGAUACUGAAGGAAUACAAAGUACUUUAUUACAGAAUCUACUGGCUAACUUUUCAUUCAAGCUUUCCUUUUGAGUAAACGUAGUAAAAAAGCUAACGGCUUUUUGUGACUGACAGCAGGUGGAAGCCGGUUCGCAUGAUCUAAUGCCAGGUGUGAAAUUUAAGAGCAAUUUCACCGUCAUAUUGACUGAAUUGAUGCCUUGGUGGUUCUCACACCUUGAGAUGAUGUGUAUCCGUUUUAGUACCGAACAGACGGUCACGGAUUGAUGUGGUCGUUUUUAUGUUGAAGGUUAAACAGCGAAAUUUCGGCUUUUGCGUAUGUUUAACACCUUUUCAAAGCACUCUGUAGUGCACCUUAAUGUUUUGCACCAACAAGCUAGAAUGAAAAAUCUCCCGCUUAGUGUCGGAAACCCAACGUCUGAAUCUCGUAUCAUUUGUGGGACGUGCACAUCUGAUUUGGAAGCUCUUGUGAUGAGGAGCACCUUCCCCGCAGUAAGGAGACACUGUUUUAAAUGAAGGAGAGGCAUCGCUGUACCUUCUUGAACAAUGUGCUUGAAAGCAUUUUAGCCUUACAAUCAGUCUAUUUUGAUAAGGGCACCCAUAUGAUGCAAUGUGAAACAUCUUCGCACCACAUACGUUUAUUUGUUUCUUUUUUUUUUUUUUUCUUCAUCUUUUGGACUUUGCAGCGACCAUCUUUGUAACUUCUUUUUCUCGUCUUCUGUAUAUCCUUCCACAAACAAAAAAAAUGUUCGUUUUUCUUUAGUCUCUUUAUAUUUAUGGACCUUGUAGAACCUUUUUCCACUCGUGUACUUGUUUUUUACUCUUUCGUUGUGCCUGUGUUUGUGAUGUUAGUUGCUGCGCCCCAGCCUCGUCCGGCCCCCCUCGGCCCCCUGAAGAAAACGAAACACAAAUCAGAUGUUCUGGGGUGAUCUGGGGCGAAACGUUUGCUGCCAUUUUAGAAGACUCAUGAACCUGUACUGUACUCCUUUGUGUAUAUUAAAUAUUAUAAGUAAAAUUUUACAGUAGAAAGAGCUGCUCCUGC